GGUGCGCGGCUAGAGAGCGCGUGUGUUUGGGUCCUGGCGGAUCCGUCUGAGAUUCGCGCUGAAAGCCGUACAGACUGCAUGGGUUGGUCUCAGGAUUUGUUCCGUGCCUUAUGGAGAGCGCUGUCAAAGGAAGCGAAGGAGCAAGUCGGCACAGACCGGUUCGGGAACAAAUACUACCAUGUUCCGGAAUACAGGAACUGGAGAGGACAGAUUAUUCGAGAGAAAAGAAUUAUAGAAACAGCAAAUAAAAGAGAAGUCGACUAUGAAGUAGGGGAUAUCCCAACAGAAUGGGAAGCUUGGAUUAGAGGAAAAAGAAAGACUCCACCUACGAUGGAGGAAAUCCUAAAGAAUGAAAAAAAUAGAGAAGUCGUUAAAAGGAAAAGCCAAGACCUUUAUGAAGAGGAAAAACUCCUUAGCAAAGAGAACGAAGAACUUUUGGCUCCACCAGUUCAGACUCAGAUCAAAGGCCACGCCUCUGCUCCAUACUUUGGAAAGGAAGAACCCUCAGUGGCUCCCACCAGCACUGGUAAAACCUUUCAACCGGGAUCCUGGAUGCCACAAGGUGGCAAGAACCCCAAUCAAUGAAUGCACUGUGGUAAUACUUCAUUUGUAUGUAACUUUUUUAACAAUAAAAUAAAUAAAGAUUACUUUAUUUUCUGAC